AUGUGCACAAGCGCACAUGUGCGCAACGCGUUGCACUGGAAUUUGAAGAAAGAAAUAAAAGAAAUCACUCACCUGAGCGAUGAGGAAAUAGCGGUGAUUCACAAACGAUUUAACUCCAUUAGUAACAAGGGGAGGCUGGACUACAAAAAUUUUGAAAAGAGCUUAGGCAUCCUGGGAACCAUCAAAAACGCCUACCUGUACAGUAGCAUUUUUAAGGCCUUUGACACGAAUGAUGAUGGGUACCUUGAUUUCUAUGAAUUCUGUGUGGCCAUCAACACGAUGCUCAAGGGGACGAAGCGGGAGAAGGUGAAGCUCUCCUACCGCAUUGUGCACGCGGGGGGGAGUGCUGCGAGCGGGGAAGCGGAUGAAGCGGAUGAAGCGGAUGAAGCGGUUGACCGCGCUGCUGACCACUCAACUAAUCGCGCUGCUAACCGCCCUGCUGACCACUCAACUAAUCGCGCUGCUAACCGCGCUGCUAACCGCCCUGCUGACCGCCCAGCCAACCGCCCCGCCAUCAGGGACUACUCGGACUACAUCUCCUACGAGCAGUUCAAAGAGAUCGUGCUGAGCAUAAAUGAUAUUAAGAAGCAGCUGCUGGGGACGGAGGAGAAGAUACAGCUGAGCCAAAUAAGCUACACUUUCAAGUCGCUGAGCAUGCUGUGCGACGAUGGCAAGUACCGGAUGAACCUCAAGUGCUACCGGAAGGCAGUGAAGUGCAACGAGUUUUUAAGGCUCCUUGGCAUCCACAACAAAGUGGCAGAUGCGUUUAUAAAUAGCGAAUUUGAGAGAAGGAAGAAGAUCAAAUCUGGAAGGAGUCGACUGAGCAACAACAGUGGGUUCGUAGGGGGAGAGUUUUCCCGGCGACUGGGUUCUAAUCACCGAGUGAAGUCUUUUUCCGUGUCUACCAAUACGCGGCUUUCCCUCGGCAAGGGCUCCGCGUCGUCGCUCUUCUCCCGAGGCAGGAAGAAGAAAAGCGGCGUCGAGGGGGGGACCAGCGGGGGGUAUAGUGGCGGGUACAGCGGCGGGACGGGCGGGAGCGCCGAUCCGGGGGAGGCUCAUAAUCGGAACCUGGCAGACCAAUCGAAGAAGACCCCCCAGGGGAGCAGCCCCGUCCGCCCCCCACUCAGCAGCAGCGGCAACAACAAUAGAGGCAGUUGCGCGCCCCUAAAGAGCAUCGUCAUCCAGUCAAGCAUCGCAGCAGAAGGAGAGCCGCCCGCCAAGCGAGACGGCCUGUUCGAGUCUACCCUCCGCAGCCAAGGAAAAGGGUUAAUUGGAAAAGGCAAUUAUUUGAAUGUGCCUCGCAGUGGCGAUGGGUCUAGAAGGAGUCGCUCCUGUGCCACUGCCGGCGUGGGGGCUUCACCCUCACCCCGAGGGAGGGAUGAAGAAGCAGCGGAUGAGGAGGAUUUUCCAAAAAAGGGGAGCAGCAAUGACCGUAAUAGGAAGAGCAAUCGAAAUAGGGCAGUUAGAGAUGCAGACAGGGGGGUCACUCCAAGUGACUCUCCCAUGAUGAUGACGGAGGGAAGCGACUCCGCGAAGCGUGGCGUUGAGGACGCGUCGAGAAAACCCAGCUGCAGUGAAGGAAACGACUCGUACCAGCAGUCGUGUCAAUCGUCCAGUUUUCACAACAGCGUGAUGCUGGUGGAGAGCGGGAGGGGGGACGGCAGCCGGGCGAAUUACCAGCCGUCGGAGGGCAGCCGGGCGAAUUACCAGCCGUCGGAGGGCAGCCGGGCGAAUUACCAGCCGUCGGAGGGCAGCCGGGCGAACUACCAGCCGUCGGAGGGCAGCUCCCGCGUCUGGGACGACCACUCAGAUGUGGAGGUGGUGAGUCUGCGCCGGGGGCGCUCCAGCGGCAUGGUUAGCGGUACGGUCAAGGGGCUCGUAGGCGGGUCCCCCACUGCUAACCCCCCCUACAAAUGCACAGUGACGGAGAGGCGAGACAGCCGCGAUUCCAACGAACAGGAGGGCCCGGCGAACGACGACCCCUCAAAUGAUAUUCCCCAUAGUGCAGGGAAACACGAGUGCGAAAUAUUGAAGGCCAUUCUUAAAUUUGAAAAACAAAAAGAAAACAAAAUGUACGUGGAGGAGUACAACGAGUAUGUAAAGGGCUAUCGCAAAUUUGCGGAGGAGCAGGAGGAGGGCUAUCUGCUAGAUUUGGAUACCUAUUCGGAUGGGAAGGAGGAACUAGAGAGAGAGAUGGAAGGGGGGAAGCAUGCCCAAUAUAACGAGGCAGGGGGGGGGAGUAGUAGUGCUUAUGAAGAUAUGGGGGAAGACGACAGUGUAGGUAGUGUACAGGGAAAUCACCCCGAUGGAGGGACAACACUCAUAGAGAGUAAAUGUGAAGCUAAGGGAGGUGAUAAACAUGAUGGGGGUAGAAGCGAGAGGAACGCUAGUCAAGAGGAUGCAGAGGUGGCAGCUGCCUCAGCCACCGAGGCAGCAAUGGCAGCAGGAGAGGCGGCUGCCCGGGUAGAGAAUGCCAAUUAUCUCUACAAGAAAUAUUUUGAGUACAAGGAAUUUUUGGAGCAUUCCAGGUGCCCCAUUUCGCACAGCCACAAUGGCCUCAUGAUGAGUAGCAGCGAUGGUAGGGCGGUGGCUAGCCAUGCGGUGGACAAUCGGGCGGUGGAUGCUCAUGCGGUGAAGCACCCCUGCUGUGAAGAGCCCCCGCGCGGGAGCCGGGCCAAGGGAGGGAAGUGCGCCCCCAGGGAUGGCGGGCAGCCCAGGGCGCUGCUCGAAUUCAGCAGCGACGUCAUCAGGAAGAAGUUUUACAUCCCCACGAGCAAGUGCCACUACGUCAUGGUGAACGAAAACCUGACGAAGGAGCAGGUGCUGUACCACUUGGGGAACAUCGUGGUGGCCACGGAGGACUACCUGAGCAAGGAGCGCGAUGGGGGCGGCGACUACAACCGCAUCUUCUUCUUCUUCUUCCAUGUGUUUAAGUACCACGUGGGGGGCGACUCCCAGGAGGGUGGCCCGUCGAAGCGGCAUGGUGAGGCGGGGCAGCAAAGUGGAGCGUUGCAGACAGAUCAGGCAGGCCAGGCAGACCCAUGUGGUCGCCCCCACAGAGACGAACCCAGCAACGAGUCCCAAAUGAGCUCCAAAAAUUUGCGAGCAACCAUCUACUACAACGUUCUGCUGGUGACCCAAAUCGUAAAGUACUUUCUGCACACCAUAACCAUUUCGCACAAGUGUUCGUCUUCGUAUGACUCCCUCGAGGACAGCAGUCGGCUGGGCAGCAUAAACGAGGUGAGUGUGCUCCUAAGCCACACGAGUCACCUCCUCGCGACCUACUCCAAAGGAACCAACAACGAUAGGAAGAUUUACAUUAACAAGUCUAAUUACUACCAUAAGCUAACCAGGAGAGGGAAGUUAUCUGUCUCAUUGAGGCAGAAGAAGAAGAAGAAAAGGAACCUGCAGAAGAUAUUGGCUGUUUACUUUGGGCAUGAGAGGUGGGAUCUAGUGAUGAACAUGAUGAUUGGGAUUCGCCUAUCGGCUAUUAAAGUCUAUAACACUAGUAACAUUAUUAAUUUGUUUAAGCACAAGGACCUUCUAGAACUACCUACAUCGAAUGCACAGCAUAGGGUAGUUUUUAAAAACUACGCCCCGGUGAUCUUCAAGCAGAUUCGGAGCCUGUAUGGAAUUAGAUCGAAGGAAUAUAUUUCCUCUGUUGGGCCUGAGCAAGUGAUAAGCAACAUGGUCUUGGGGAACCUCUCCACUCUGAGUGAGCUACUCUCGGAGGGAAAGAGCGGUUCGCUCUUCUACUUCACGAGCAACGGGAAGUACAUCAUCAAGACGGUCUGCAAGAACAUCCACAACCUGUCCAAAGCCCUGCUGCCCAAGUACUACAGCCACAUCAGGAGCAACCCGGACUCCCUGCUCACCCGCCUCUACGGAAUCCACUGCAUCAAGUAUAAGAGCGGCUCGGCAAGAAGCUCGAAGAAGAUCUACUUCAUCGUGAUGAACAACUUCUUCUCCUCGGCCGUGGAAAUCCACAGGCGGUACGACAUCAAGGGGAGCCUGGUGGGGCGCACGGUGCCCCCGGCGAAGCGGGAAGACCACACCAUCGCCCUCAAGGACGUAGACAUCGACGAGCUGGGCGACAGAAUCAACGUCGGAGAGAAGAACAAGCAGAAGUUGCUCCAAGUCAUCAAGGCAGAUGCAGAUUUUUUAAAAGAAAAUUACCUCCUGGAUUAUUCCCUCCUUUUUGGGAUCCAUUACAAAGAUUUGUCUCGGGACUUGGUCAGCUGGAAUGCCAGUCGCACCAAUGAGGUUCGCCAUGUGUUUGACGAGGAUGGCAAGUGUAUUGCGGCUCGGCCCUUCCACCAGUGCGACCACGGAGGCAUGAUCAGCAUCGACAAGAACAAAAUCUUCUUCUUCGGGAUCAUCGACAUCUUCACCAAGUGGACGCUGAAGAAAAAAUUCGAGCACACCCUGCGGACAAUACAAAAAUUCGACCGCCAGAACAUUUCCUGCAUCCACCCCAACGCCUAUGCAGAACGAUUCGCGACCUUUAUAGAGAAGCACAUGGAGUAG